AGCAGGUGGGUGUACCAUAAAAGACCACGACUCCGUCGCGUAUUUAAGAGACAUUGUUAAGGAAAGCAACUCUCUGAAAUAAUUGCAUCUCCAUUUAUAACAUUAAGGAACUUCUGUUUAAGAAAAGCUUGUGAUAUUUUAUUCCUCUGAGACAGUACUAGUUUUAAGACGCUGUCGAGGUUGAAUGAUCUUUGAAUUUGAGAUUCAUCGAGUAAGUCGUCGUAUUUGUAGUUGUGUUUUUUUAUCGUCCCUAGAACUUUUCUAGUUUUAUUUCAGCAUAUCCAUAAUAUUUAUAAGACUAAGAGUCGUAAGUCGGUUUUUUUUCCAGUCUUUCGUUGCGAAGAUGGCAGUAGAAGGUCAACAGGAAAUCCCUGUGGAGGUCAAAGCCGCUGUUCCGGCAAAGGAGGAGAAUAACGCUGCUAAGGCUCCUGCUGUGGUAGAGGAAAAGAAGGCCACCACCUCUACCACUCCUGACGCAAAGGCAGCAGAGGUGGACACCAAAAAAACCGAUAACAAGGAUGGUGCUGCCGCAUCUUCCACCUCGAAGGAUGUAGAAGCUGCUGGUGCUGCUGCAGGUGGUGCUUCGAAGUCCAAGAAUAAGCGCAAGAAGAAGGCAGCUGCGGCUGCCUCCACUGGAGAGGAGCAGGGAUCUAAGCAAGAAGGUGCUACUGCAAAAACUUCGGAAACGAAGGACCCUGCCGUUGCUUCGACUAAGAAGGCCAACAAGAAGAAGAAGAAACCUGAUGCUGGUGGGAAGAAGGAUAAUCAGGGCAAUAAAGGCGCGGCCGCCAAGAGCGUCGAGGCACAAGAGGCAGGUGACGCUGCUGCCCAACCAGCGAAAGGUGGAGGAAAGGGAAAGAAUGGAGCGUCCAAAGGCGCAAAGGGCGCUGGCAAGGGAAGUCCGUACCAGAAGGGAGCAAAAUCUGCCGAGUGGCAACAGUGGAACUAUUGGAACGCCAAGGAGCAAGCCCAAUCAUGGAACAACGGCAAGGGCACCGAAAACCAGUCUGCUUCGCCUCUUCAUAACCCCGUUUUGGGUGCUGGUGCUCAAGCUCCAGGCUCUCCGGCGCAGCUGGGUAAUGGCUGCGAGGAAGCAAACCGCUGGGAGGCGGUGCAUUUCGUCGGCGAUUUCACGGACACACUGGGUCACGACGUGGCUGUUUUUGAGGUCCCGGCAAGAGUCUCCGCGACCACCGGUCUGCAGACUGAUUCCACCUUCCACGCUCACUUGAGCAAGCAAGGCGUUCCGGACAAACGGUAUUUAAUUAUAAGGGUUGACGACGGACAACUCUCUCACUUCUAUAUAAGGGUUGAAACAUUUCAUUUUUACAAGCCUUCUCUACUUGAGAUUGCUACUAAGAAAUGAAAUGUUCUUUCAACCUUUAAUUUAACGAAAGGUCGUUGAGUCAUUGGGAUGAAGUAGAAGAUUGUACUAGAGGAAGAUGUUGAUCUAGGCGAAGAUACAGUAGAGAUCAUACUGGUCCUCCAUUGAAGAUUUGAAAAUAACACCUACAACGAGUACAUCAACCAUCAUCAAUCCGAAGGAACUUCUCCUCGACCUCCAAAAACACUUAAAUUUUACGUAUCUCCUCUAUUAUUACUAGGUUCACUAGGUCUUCUUGUCCAUUGAUUAAUCACCGCCUAGUUGUCCACUCACAUCAUUUUUUAGUUGUCCACUCACAUUAUUACUAGGUUCACUAUCGCUCGCAAGAUGGCGCCACGUGGAUUCAAAAAGUGCUGGCAAUGCGGAAAUGGCUACUUCUGCAAGCAGAUGUCUACUGCAGAUCGCAUUGUGUGGAGGACCGAGGAUGGAAAGGAGAGUAUCUGGACACGCAAGCCUCCGGUAUUCACCUUUAUCUCUAGAAACACUAGUUCUUGUUAUCUGUGAUCGGAUCUAUUAUGUAAAGUCAUACUAGUGAAUAUGUACUAGACAUCAACAUCUUCGUUCAACGACAAUCGUUACUUUUGCUUAAUACUUGCUCUUGCUCUUAGGUCGGUGCGGUUUGGUUCGAUCCGCCUCCGCAUAUGACUAUUGAUGUGGCAGCAGCCAUGGACGAGUGGCGGGCUCAGCAGUUGGGCCAGCUGGAGGUUAUGUUGGCUAAUCCUGAGAUGGCCAACGUCGGCACUCUUGGCGGAGAUCACGGUUACGUACCACCCUAUAGUCUGGCUGGCGAGGUGCCGGUCGUGCCGGCGCAGGCUGCUACGACGUCCUCUUCCUCCGCUAAGCAGGAGCAGACCAUCCAGGUGGAAGCCAAGCAAAACGACAGUAGUUCCAAGACAGGCGAAGCAUCCUCGUCUUCGCGCAAGGUCGUCGCGCCAGAUGCGGCUGCAGCUACGGGAGCAGCGGCUGAAGAAGACGGAGACGCUAAAAAGACUACAGGUGGAGACAACAAGCAGCAGCAAGAGCCAACAUGGGCAGAGAAGAUUGCGGCAGCUUCCGCUACUUCGAAGACCUCCGGCAGCGACAGAAAAACGGCCCGCUCGCAAUCAGUAGCAGGACAGGAGCCUUCACCAGCGAGCAAGAAGCCGGCCGCGGCCGCGACAGCUACUUCACCCAGCAGCCAGACUACCACCGCUCCCAACAGCUUGAAUUCGACACCCACGAAGGUCGAGAACCCGGAGAAGAAGCCAGAGGAGCGAACGGUAGUGGAGCGCGCAUGGCCUCUGAAACCGCUGAAUGCGAAAGCCGAAUCCUUUUUCCCACCAUCAUUGGAGGCUACGCGACCCAAGCUCUUGGAGGACCGCGACGCCAAGCAACUACAGGUAAGUCCAUUCUUGAAAGCCAUUAAUAUUUCUUGUAUGCGUAGAUUAUAUAGUAUAAAAAAUAUCUAAUUUAAUGUUACUUGUUGGACGUCGACAACGAGCAUGUCAAUGCUAUUUACUAGAUUCUCCUCUUCCCACAGGAUCAGGAGCAAGAGCUAUCAACUACAGGAGAGCAAUCAACAACUACACCCUCCAGUAAGAGUCUUAAGGGUCUGUCUUCUAACCUGACGGAAGGAAACAAACCAAUGGCAAUGACUUCAUUUUUUACAUUGUCUAUGAACUACCUGACUUCAAGUUCAAAACAAUAAACUACGGAUCAUGACUUCAUUCUAUACAAGCACAUCAAGAAAAAUAACCGGUUAUUUUCCUUCAACUUUAAUCCCUUCCAACAAUAUGAUAACAGGUAAAAGCGACCGCUGAUCCAAUUACGGGAGAGCUUUUUAGCGAAUUAUCCUGGAGAAUCGAGGAGAACUGGUCGGAAUUGAAGCAGUCACCGCAGGAUUUCGCAGUCCUGUCACCACAUUUCGCCAUUGCUGAAGUGGAAAACGUACUUCAAAACUUAGCAUUUGAUCAUAAUCUUAAUUGUUUUAUCUAAAAAAAACACAUUCUUUCAGAGUUGGAUAGUCAGUCAUGGUUUUUACUGCAAGUACAUUAGUGCUUAGAAGAUGCUAUUCUUGUUAGAUACUUAGAUAGAACAAGAUCAAGAUGUUCCUCGUCCUCCUCCUUUCCGAAGUAACCGUCCUGGUAUGAAUAACAUCAAUUUCUCUACUCAACAUCAACAUUCAUGCAGGUGCAACUGAGUUUUCUUCCGUCUGGGCGUAAGGGCAGCGAGCGCAAGGGAUGCUGUCUGCAGGUAAUGACCGGGAACAUGGUAGAGCUUGGACGAGGUAUUGAGCUGGAAAUCACCAUCAAUGGGAUCCGGUGCGAAACCGGAAAGAAGUGCGUCUCACAGCGAUACACCGGAGACUACGCCGCGUUGCCGGAGAACACGCAAGCAGUCACCAUUGUUCUCAGAAUACUCAGCGUAUUCCAGGAUAAGAUGAAAAUCAAGAACUAAACUUUUUCUAUCCUAAUUCUAUAUCAUUCAUAGGAAGAUGAAAAAGUUGGUCUGGUCUUCAUGAUCAUGUAAAAAUGUAAGUACCUCAAAAUACGUUACUUCUACUUAUACUUUCAUCUUCAUCUUAUAUCCACGCACUAUGCAGAAGAAGCGAGUUUUUAGUUCUUUAAAUUUAGCUCUGUCAACAAGAUGAUCAUGAGAGGAAAUUAAAAACCAAGAACGAUGAAAGGCCAAGAGUUGAAAGUUGACAAAGUAGAUGACUGUCAACGUCAGCACACAGGAUGAAUCUAGAAGAUGCGCGGCGGUCGGGAUGGCAUUAAGGUUAAUGAAAAUAGUUGCCAUGAUCUGCAACACCAAGCGCAAGAUGAAAAAACGACUUAAUAUGAGUAUUUCAGUAACCACGACGCCUGUAUGUUGAGAUGUAUUGAUGGUGCACGGCGUUGUUCCAAAUGGUGAUCAAGAAGCCUUAUGGAGCUCAAGAAGACGCAGGUUACCCAGGUCGAUGCCUCCACCAAGACUUACGGUGAUCUCCUCUAACGCAAACGCGCAUUUUUUGAUGGUUUCAAACCGACCGCGCAUUCUUCAUUUAGAUAAAUUUGACUAAGACUGACAGGAGGUGAAUUAGUAGCUUACCUAAAUCGACGAUCUAAGGGGAGAUACGGAUUGUCUUCGUCAAAUUUACUAUAUUUUAUCAUGUUUCGAACGAUCUGGAUUGUGAUUCUUCUAAAUUUUAAAUGAGGUGGAGGUUGCAUACAAAGGAGGAUACAAAUGUUAACAUGAUCUUAUUAUUUUUCGCACGCACUCUUAAUAUUACAACUAAUCGUUAUGACAUCAUGCCUUUUCAGAACAUUUGCCACUAUCUAUCAUGUUGAGACGGGACUACAAGAACUUAAAUUUCUUUCAUUUCAAACUUCGACGGGGGACUCAGUUGCGGGCCGCAAUGAGGAGUCCAAAUGGGAUGGAUUGAUGCUUUUUUUGAUGUUGCGCGCAUUUUAACUACUUCUAUGUAUAUGAAUCAUGCUCUUGCCCUAUGAUGAAUAAAAG